ACCAGGUCCAGGAGGAACUGAGCAGGGUGGUUGGAAGCCGUCGGGUACAAGUAGAGGACAGGAAGAACCUGCCUUACACUGAUGCUGUCAUCCACGAGUCGCAGAGACUUGCCAACAUCCUCCCCAUGGCCAUUCCUCACAAAACCAGCCGAGACGUCACGUUCCAGGGCUACUUCAUCAAAGAGGGGACUACAGUGUUUCCUCUUCUUACUUCUGUCCUGUAUGAUGAGAGUGAAUGGCAGAGCCCACACACUUUCAACCCUUCACAUUUCCUGGAUAAAGAUGGUAAAUUUAUCAGGAGAGAUGCCUUCAUGCCCUUUUCUGCAGGUCGUAGGAUGUGUCUCGGAGAGGGUCUGGCCAGAAUGGAGCUCUUCCUCUUCUUCACCUCCCUUCUCCAGUGCUUCCGCUUCACUCCUCCGCCUGGAGUCACUGAGGAAGAACUGGAUCUGACACCAGUUGUGGGCCUCACCCUCGCUCCUUCACCUCAAAAACUUUGUGCUGUCAGUCGCCACUGAAGAAGAGAACAGGGACUGAUGAUUGAUUAUUGUUGUAUUUCUACAGUAUGCUGCAGUAAGAAUAAAAACUAAUACAUUGCUUCUUGUAGUCAUUAG